UUCUUACCAUAGAUAUACAUAUAUGAUGUAAUCUAGUUAGCAGCCGGUUUAAGGUAGCUAGGGACUUGAGAGAUGUUUUGUCAGUAGUAACAAGGAAAAUGCACUCUCCUGAUUGUAAUCGCGGUCAAUUUGUUUAAAAGAAAUUAUUGCAAUGUUUAUAUUCAAGAUGAGCUAGACGUGCAGAAAACCAAGCAACAGCUGUAUUCAGGCAAAUAUGGAGGAAACCAAGGACGAGCUGGUGCAUCUUUGUAUGAACCAUCCUGAGGGUCUCUCCAUAUUCAAGAUUCACAAUCUUUACCUGAAGGCCUACAACAAGCCUCUAGAUCUGGGGGGCUCCAACAGGUUGUUGGCACUAGAGACAUUGUUGAAGACCAUGCCUGACCAGCUUUGCUUCUCGUCUACUAGUGGUCUAACUGUAUGGCCUGUCGUGUCUGGUCUACAGACAACUACAUAUUGUUCAUCUUCGUCAUCAUUAGCUUCGUCAGAAGCAUCAGAAGCAGCAGCUCUUGGGUGCUCACCUCAGACCAGUGAAGCUGUGCGCCUGAACCAGCUGAAAGGAGAGGUGUUACGCAUGCUCAGCUCUGCCCCUGGUGGUCUGGAGGUGCCUAAGUUGCGUACCACCUACAAACAGAUGUACGGCAGGCAGCUGAAACUAGGAGAAUAUGGUCUGGCAGGCCUACAGGAGUUGUUUGCUGCCCUGGGGGACCAGGUGUGUGUGGAGAGACUGAACAAGAUGAACGUGGUCAGGUUAAGCAUUCCUGGGGACCAGAAGGAAUUCACACAGACACAGCUGUGGCCUGUACAGGAGACAAAGCAGGAGGGAGUACAAAUAGAAGACAAGAAUGUCAACACAAGCUUAUCAGGAGCUCUGCCCAGGAAGACAGCAAUGUCUGAGACUAAGAACAUCCAGAGGAAAAUCAUAGACCUGGUGGAGCAGCACCCAGAAGGGAUUCCCCUGAAGAAGCUGACAGUCUUCUACAGCCAGAAGUAUCACCAAAACCUCACUCUGUCCUCGCUGGGAUUCAGCUCCACAAACAGCCUGGUGGCCUCUCUGGGGAAGGAGCUCUUUGUGGACCAGGACCUGGUCUUUCACAGGGCCCAUAAGGAAGCUGCUGGAGCUGCAUCAAAGGCAGCAGACGAGGCAAAAAAAAAGCCUCAAACUCGACCUGGGAAGGACCCACCAUUGAGACCCCUUCCCCCGAAAGCCGGAGUGCUGAAAACACUACCUUCGUCCACUGCCAAAAUAAGCUUUGGUUUCAGCUUUGAUUCCGGGUCUGAACCCAUACAGUCAUCCCAAGCUUCUAACUAUGGGCCUCCCCCAAGCUCUGGGUCAUUCCUUGAGACGUCCUGUCCCUCUACACCCCCAUCUGCUGUCCCACGUUCCUCCCCUCUCCUCUCGUUCUCCAGAACAGUGAACCAGACAGAAGAGUUGACUGAGGAAGAGCUGCUAGACCGAGUUAGACAAGUGAUAAAGGUUUACCCCCCUGCUGCCAUGACGAUUGCCCAGCUUCAGAAUGGAUACUUCCUGCAGUUUGGCAGCCCUCUUCCUCUCCACCAGUACAAGUCUUUGUAUAACAACUUUGAGAAACAACCGGCAAAGUCCUGUUCACCUGCAGGCCCGAGAGAGUCCGGAGCAGAGAAACCAACAGGCACACCAAAGAGGGCAGAGAGUAGGGAGGAAAAAUCUCUUCCUUCCACACCCUUGAACAACGGAUACCUGCCGAAUUGGAUUGACUCUAAAACAGAGUUCCCCCUGUUAUUAACACCCUCCCAGCCCUCUGUCAAGCCCCAAAGCUUCCUGCCUGGUACCUCUGUGUGGGACUCUGACUUCCCAGCACCUAAAGAGGAAACAAGACUGAACAGAGCCCAAGAGCGGAAGCCGCUCAAUGCGGGACAGAGGGAAGGAAACAUCCCUGUCUUUAGAGAGGCCUACUGUGCGCAGCUCAGGGAGGUGCAUGGAGCUAACAUACGGGCUGUGGAGGCACAGGCUAAUGAAGGGGAGGAGGAGGAGGAUGGAAUGACGAGAAGAAGGAGGAAGAAAGCUCUGGAUCCUGAGGUGGUGAACAGUCUGGUGGAGGACGUCAUUCGAGACAUUGCAACUGAGGGAGAUCUUGUCACCAGAGAGAAGGUGAUCUCCCGGGUGUGCAGGCUGAUGCAGGUCCCGUCUCUGGAGGCAGGCAGGAUAGACCUCCGCUGGCAGAUACCAGCUCUAAAGGAGCUGCAACGCACCCUACGGGAGGUCAACAUGUUCAUAGAGUCUGCAGAGGCUGUGACCGCGAUGUGUACUCUGUAUGAGCUGGGUCAGAACCUGGCUGGUUUGAAGGACAGGAAGCGCUUUGAGGAGCUAAACCUGGGACCGCUGUGUAAACUACCACUCGUCCACCGCAUGUUCAAGAUAGACAGCAACACCAAGGACGAGGACAUUCAUCAGAUCGAGACUGUUGACAUACUGAGGAGCCUUCGUGUGUUUAGGAGGAAACAGUGCAAGCCCAAGGUGGACCUGGCUGAGUUUAUGAAGCACCUGUCUGACCAGUACAACUGUGAAUCUCCCUACGAACUGGGCAUCCGUAUACACAGCGUGGGCCUGCCCAUAGCCACCUUACAGAAGGCUGUGAAUUGUGAGCAUGCGUGUAUGGAGCGUGCCCGGGAGGCCAUCCAGAGGGAGGUGGAGGAGGAGGUGGGAGAGAGGUUGAGGAAGAUGAAGAGGGCCGUGAUGGAGGGAGCACAGGGUCCCGUACUCUUCUCCUCUUUCGGGAGUGCGGAACUGAGAAAGAAGUACGUUACCAUGACGUCAGCCGAGGCUGUGUUUGAGGUCUUCACCAAUGCAUCUGGGAUCUUUAACCCCAAGAUGACCAAGUUGGUGCAGGACUUCCUGUUGCGGGUGUCAUCGGACCGUCUGGCCAUGGCCUUGUUCCAGCUGGCUAUCUGUGGGGGGUCUCUGGCUGCUCCUCAGGACCUGGUGCCCAAAGAGAAGCCUUCCAGACACAAACAGGAGACGAGAGCUGAGGAAAAACCACAGACCACGCCCCCCAGUGAAGCUACAGUCAAGAACUUCCUGAAGGAGAGCCUAUCGAGUCACAGCUCUGUGCUCACUCUGGCCCAUGUGGCGUCUUUAGAGAGGAAAUUGGCCAAGCACUUCCAGGUCACAGAAUUCACAUCUCUCGAACAGGGAUCGUUCCUGGAUUUCCUGGUCAAACAGGCCCAGGUCCUGCAGGAGACAGUUGGAGGCACUGUGGUUGUGGGAAGCAGCAGUAGUAGUGGUCCCGACUGGCAGGGGCUGGGCUGUGGCUUCAGACCCAGCAGACAAGAUGUCUUUGAGUUCAUCAAACAGUUUGGCGCUUCAACAGCCAAUGACCCAGAUGGGCUGUCCCACAUGGAGUGUUGUCUGAGGGCUCACUAUGGGGUGAGGGACAGUCGGGACCUUGGACUGGGUCCUCUAAAGACUCUGGUCGGGCUGGUGCAGCGCCAGAGAGAGUUCAAUCUGGGAGGAGGACUCAGCCAGGUCCGCUACGAGGUGGCGCUUCUCCCCAGAGACACAAGUAUGAGCAGUAGUGUAGGUGAGGCCCAGCUGAUGGUGGGUCUCCUUGGGGACAUAUCUCAGACCGAGGCCCUGUCCUGUCUCCUCGCCUGCCCUCUACUGGAGGACCUGGGUCAGUGGAGUCAGUGGGAGUUGGUCUUCAGGCCCCACCAUGGAGCUCUCAAAGACUUCAUUGACAGGAACGCUGGGAGUACAGACCUGUCCGCAUUGGAGGUGUCCCCGGGCGUCCUCCUCCGGGUCAGUACCUGUACUGGCAUCAAGCUCUUCUCCGACGCCGCCAUGAGCCUUGACCCCGUGGGGACAGCCGGACACCUGGUCUCUAUUGUGGUGGCUGAUGGGAUAGCUGACGCCCCCACCACCCUCCUGGCCAAUCACGUGGAGAGUUCCCUGGCCGCCGCGGUGGCAAAGGAAGAUCUGUCUCGGGCUGAGGAGAAUGGUUCAUGUUUCAGCCCCGUGGCUCACUUCCUCCUGGACUGUCUGGUCCGCAUUCCUGCCAAAACCUGCCGGUCCCUACUGCAACAGGUGUUCCUGGAGCCUUUCUCUCGGGUGCUGGGGGGCCAGGCCAAGUCGAAAGCGGUGCUGCUAUCAACGGCCCGGUUCAGUCUGCGCCACCUUAACUGUCUGCACCAGCUGGGCAUCGUGCUGGGCAUCACAGACUGGAUCAAGGACUACCAAACCAAGCUCAAGCCACAGACGAUUCAGGAUCUCAGCCAGCCCCGAACACCAGCAGCAAACCAGACAAAGUCUACUCCUUUGGACACUGAGAACAGCAGUCUCUCUCAGGCUCUCAGUGAGGAUGAAUUGUUCCCAGAAGACUACAGCUCUGACUCCUCCCUCCUAACCCCACCACUAAACCAAGACGGCGGGGAAGAAGACAAGGAUGAAGACGAGGAGUUGUAUGAGCUGACCACUCGCAGCCCGGACACACCCUCGGACACGCGCGGUGACGUUGAUAUGGAGGAUUAUGGAGAGGAAGAACGUUCAUUAACUGAGUCGAAGACGGCGGGCGCUGCUGAAAGCAGAGUGGGUCCACACAAGGCCAUAAUCGAUGAUAUCAGGAAGAGUCAGUUUGGUAUUGGAGUAGAGCUGAACGAGGAAGGACACAAGCUGAUGAUUGUUCACCAGGAGCGGCUGGGGCGCAGUCUGGACAGGCUGUCCACUGAACUCUACAGCAAAGACACACACUUUGUUCUGGAACUGAUUCAGAAUGCCGAUGAUAACAGCUACCCGACAGAGGAGGGCCCUGUCCCUGCACUGGCCUUUGUUGUAGAGAAAGACUGUGUGACUGUCCUGAACAACGAGACCGGCUUCCAGGAGAAAAACAUCCGGGCCAUCUGUGAUGUAGGCCGCAGCACCAAGGGCAAACACAAAUAUGGAUACAUAGGUCAGAAGGGUAUAGGUUUUAAAUCUGUGUUUAAGGUGACGGACUGUCCUGAGAUCCACUCUAAUGGAUUCCAUCUACGCUUCGACAAGACCAGUGGCCCAAUGGGAUACAUCUUGCCACACUGGGUCAAUGGCGAGAGAUCGCUCCACACACAGCUGGUCAACCACACAGACACUAGCUGGACCACUAAGAUCUGUCUGCCCCUGCGCUCUGAGAGCUACCAGACCAGAAACCUGUUCCACGACGUACACCCCUCUCUUCUUCUAUUCCUACAUCGCCUGCGUUCUAUUACCAUCUACAACCAGCCUGAGAACCGUGUGGUGACUAUGACACGUCGAGAUCUGAGUCAUAAUGUCCUGGAGGUGGAACACACUGAGGGAACAGAACGCUGGCUGGUGGUCAAACACACAGUGCACCCUACUAAGAUCAAGGAAGAAGUGGAUUCGACGGAGCUCGCCCUGGCCUUUCAGCUGGGUGAUGACAUCAGAGCUCCGCCACAGAAGCAGCCAGUCUUCGCCUUCCUGCCGCUCCGAAGCUUUGGCUUUCGCUUCAUCAUCCAAGGUGACUUUGACAUCCCUUCUUCUCGAGAGGAUGUGGACAGAGACAGCUUAUGGAACCAACAGCUCCGAUCAGAGAUCCCUCAACUGUUCUUGAAUGCCAUGGAUGUCUUCACUAAUCACCCAGAGUUCAGUGGGCUGAAGGGCUUAUGUCACUUCCUGCAAUUCGUCCCACUGCCUGACGAGGUGAUGGACUUCUUCAAGCCUGUCGCAGGGCAGAUUAUACAGCUGCUCAAAGGAAAGGCCUUCCUACCCACACUCAAAGCAGACGGCUCUGUGGACUACAAGCUGCCCUCCCAGGUCGCUGUGUGUCAGGACACGGUCAUUCGCAAUGUGAUUGGUGAAGAGGAGCUUAAUAGGCACCUGUCUCUGGCCUAUCUGCAUCCAGCCCUGCUGCCAGCCCCUCCACUAUCCCUGCUCUCACAUCUGGGAGUACGACACCUAAGGGGAAGUGAUGUCACCACUGUAACAACCGCCAUGGCCAAGGAGCUGCUGCACGGAGAGGGCAUCAACUCAGACUCAGGUCUGCGUCGGCUGGCCAGGUUGUUGGUGUGUAAUUUCCGUGCACUGGAGCAGGGCUACGGAGAGACAGACUCCAUCUUGACCACCCUCCGAGAUCUACCCAUAAUCCCCCUGGCUGAUGGGAGCAUGGUGGCGCUCAGCGGGCAUGGAGUCUUUUUCCCCGUGACUGAGACCAAGAGUGCCAGCAACACAGGCGUGUAUGGUGAUCUGUACAGGGAUGUGUGUGUGGUGCAUCCAUCCCUGCUGUCCUGUGUGGAACCACUGGAGGGCCAGCAAAUCAGAGAGCUGCUUAGAAGACUGGGAGUCCACGAGUUAGAGCCAGAACAACUGCUACAACAGCACAUAUACCCUGCGCUGAAGAACAACACAUGGAAGUCCAAGCCAGUUGAGGUAGUAGUAAGCUACCUAGUUUUCAUCAAGCAGCACUCAUCCCCUCCGGAGUACACGCACCCAGACACUGUAAUACCUGUGCUGACCACAAGGGGGCUGCUCUGCCCGGCUGAACACAGAGUACACUUCUCUACGCAUUACGGCAAUAUGGACCUGCCCAACAAGCUGCCAGGUGUGGACUGGGUGUUGCUGAACAGCUGUUAUGUGGAGACGGAUGGAGACGUGGCUGGAUGGAGGGAUCUGUUCAUCAGGCUGGGAGUCCAAGACAGACUCAUACUGCGGAAAGAGAGACGCACCUUCACUGCUAAAGAGCUGGCCUCCAGUCCGUGGGCGCUGGAGAGUAAGUUGUGGCAGUGUGGAGCAGGAAGGGUCGGAGGACCAGAGGAGGGAUGCGUCCUGGACGACUACCCCUGUGAGGAGCUCCACUCCCUGGUCACGGCUCAGCUUCCUGCUUCAGUCCUGGUGGAGCAGAGACGAACCCUGUUGGAGCUACUGGACGCCAACUGGGACACCGGUGACCGGUACUCUCAGUACAUCACAGCCCAAUUGAUUGACAGUGAAGGGCGACCAACUAAGACCACCAAGUCAUCCUUCUUCCACUUCCUGUCAGACCUCCCCUGGGUGCCGGCCUAUCGUCUGGAGGCAGGGACAGAGGGACAAAGAAAGGCGGAGUAUCUGUGUCCUAACAAAGUCUAUCUCUUCUCACCGGCGGUGUACAGUCUACUGGGGACUCAUACCAGUUACCUGGACAUGACCCCCAGCGAGUUCACCAGGACUCUGGGUAUGAAGAAAAAUAUCAAUGUCGAGGAACUGAUUGGCUAUCUGAAGAUGUGGUGUGUAAAAACAUGCUCAGAAAUUGGUGAAGAGGGGCAGGAGGAGGAGCCAGAGGGAUCAGAGUUCAGCUCCACAGUAGAGCACAUCCACAAAAUGUACUCCUUCCUGUACAACAACUGUUCUCAGACCAGUCUCAAAGAGCUCUUUGAACACACCCCAGCUGUGUUUAUAGAGUACCACAGGAAUGGAGAGUGGUGUUCUGGUAGGUUCUACCACCUGAAGGAGGUGUGUUGGACAGACCCCACUGGGAUGUUUGUCCGGUAUCGGGAGUUGACCCGUAGAACUGAUAGCAUCGUACAAGAGCCCAGAGUCCUGGCCCCAUUCUACAGCCAACUGGAUGAUAUGAGGAACCUCUUUAAACAAUUGAAUGUGGAACGCACCCCAUCCAUGCUACAGUAUGUAGGUUUACUGGAGAUGGUGUGUGACUCCUGUCCUCUUCCUACUGGAGACAUUCUCAGAGAUGUGUCCAUACUCUACGCCAGGUUGGCUGACAAGUGUAAAACCACUGUACCAGGAGACCAGGAGAGUGUCCGACAAAUCAACCCCAGUUAUUGCUCCACAAUGAAGGGUAUGUUGCAGGAUAAGAGGGUGUUCCCUACCAAGGACAACAGCUGGGUAACUCUAGCCCGCAGACCCAUGAUCCCAGACAGUAAAGACCUGGAGAAGAUCUUCAAGGCCCACCAGCAGGUGUGUCUGCUCAACCUGCCUCCAGCAGAGAGGAGGCCAGCCCCCAGGGCCAAGAAUGGACCAUCUCCAGGUCGGUCUGUCAUUGCGGGGGAGUUCAGCGAGGAGGAUAGGAGUCUGUUCCUGGAAAUCUGUGGCAUACGCUUUCUCUCCCAGUGUGUCAGUACCGAGGCACAGACUGAGAACUACAGACCAUGCCCCCAAAUGCAGAGCCUGGUGCGGUCUGUGGUUCCAUACAUCCAGAGGUUCCUCUACCACCAUGAUGACCUUCAGGAACUCUACUGCGAACUGCAGGACAACAACAUCUCACAGACCAUCAGACAGCUCACCUACGGCCAGGUGGGCAAGCUGUACACCCGCUACCUUCUGUCUGUGAGCGAUGACGAAGAACCCCUGAUUGAGAUGGAGAACGUCAUCUGCCUGCUGAAGGACAACAAGGAACUUUACAUCCAGAAAGACCACCUCUCCGCCAAGCUGGACAUCUGCAGAGAGCUGGUAAAGCUUUUCAGUUCCAAGAGCAGUCACAGGAAGGAUCUGGUUUUCUUCCUGAGCGGUCUGAUGACAUCACUGCACGAGCCUGCAGCUCUGAACAGGUUCCUUCAGAAGGAGUGUCCAGGAGAACUGCCCAGUGAGCAGGAGCCCUGGGAGGUCCCGCCGCCUGCGGUCCCUCUACAGCCCCAACCAGGUCCAUCGUUAGGGGUCCGGGCCGUCUACACCCCAGAACAGGAGUUCCAACCUGAGCAAGAGGAUGGAGAGCAGACGUUGAUGUGCUGGCCUCCGAGAGCCGGUCUCUCCAACACCGCUGCCAAUCGCCCAGAACGCCCGGGGGCAGCCGGAGCGGUGGAGGCGGUGAUGAAGAUGUGGCCUCCUCCGGCCGAACCCCAAGACGCCCCCAUCUCCCUCCAAAGCCCCAGAGAGAGGGCCGUAGUGAGAGAGGGUGCCCCGAGUCACAGCCAUGACCCAGCGGAGCACCUUCUACCGCAACACACCGACCACGCUCAUCCCAGCCGCCUGGAAACCAUGGCAACCCCCACAGCACCGCAGCCAACAGAGCCCAGUGGAUCUGAAGCAGUGGCAGCAGGGCCACAGUCGGAGGGUGACACCGGAAGAACCAGCCAUCUCCCUGAAGGAGGCUUGGGUCAGACCGCCCAACCCACCCAGCACUCCACCGUUCCAGAAGGGGUGGUGUCCAGUGUGUUCAAGGGAACCAAGCGUCCUCCCCUGGCCCUGGACUCACCUGUUUGGGCCAAACCUCUGGCUCACCAUGCCCUCCUGGAGGACCUGCAGCUUAACUGCCAGAAACCGCCUACGGUGGUGUUUUCUGACGACCAGGGGGACAUGGUUGCCAUCGGGGAGUGGGGCGAGCAGCUGGUCUUCUCCUUCCUCUGUCACUGGAGAGACAGCCAGGCCCCAGGGAGACCCAGCCUGGUCACCUGGUAUAACCAGCAUGGUGAGAGCGGCCAGCCCUGCGACUUCAGACUCACCUUCAGCCUGACGCAGGAGGCAGGAGAGGGGGAGGAAAGAGAUGAGAGACUAGUUAAGAAUGAGCAAACGAUGGCUGUGAAAGAGGUGUUUGUGGAGGUGAAGUCGACAGUGAAGAAGAACAGAGCGUUCGUUCACCUCUCGGCCAACGAGCUGGACUUUGCCUUGAGGGAGAAGGAGAGGUAUCACAUAUUCCGGGUGUACAACGCAGGCGAUUCAGAAAAUGUCCGCCUGUGUCGCAUACAGAACCUGGCUCAACACCUCCAUGCGAAGGACCUGGAGCUCUUCCUCUUUGUCUAGGAGAGACACUGGGGCAGCCUAUUUCCAACAUAGUAUCAUAAGAAGUCCACUAUAGGGCUUUCCCUACAUAGUAUCACGACCAUGAUAGGGAAUAUGAUGCCAUUUUAGAUUAUGCAAAUGUUUAGCUUCCUAAAUGUGUUUUAAUUGUACCUCCGGUAACAUUAAGGUGUGUGGAACAUGCCGUUUCAUACCAUAUAGAUGCCCUAUUUGUUCUGUUUAAUACAGUUGUUGUUCUAGAUUUUGUCUCGUAAGCCGUUUUUAUACUUUCUUAGAGUUAGAGGAGCAAAGCACUGGUUUAUAAAACAGUCACUACUCUACACUGGGUGCAGAGACAAGAAUUGUAUCAGCAAAUUAAUCUGACUUUAGAAAUGUGGUUCAUUUUUACAGUAUCCCUUUGGUAACAUUUGUAUUGAUGUUUUUUCUAGUUAAUUCCAUUCCCUACUGUUUAUCGUGUGAGGUGUUUAUCUACCUGACACUGUCAGAAAGGAUUGAGUUUCUAUGCUUUCUCCAUUGUACCAGUCUGAACUGUAGAACAUAUUUAGGUUGUACCUUUACUGGUAACAUGUUGGUAUCUGGGUCCACACUGCUUUUUAAACAACCUUUUUAAAUGCACUGAUUUCAUUUUAAAUAAUAUUUUAGAGUUGGAAGACUAAUUCCAACUGAUUUAGUUUAAGUCAAGGUAGAGUAAUAAAACCUGUUUCAUGACCUUCCCUGUUCUGUUAAAAAGUCACCCUGGACUGUGAGUUUUGUUUCACACUUUCAAAACAGAGAUGAUGUAUUUCAUGCAACUGUUGAUUUUCUUUUAAUCAGUUCUCAAUAAUGAAGAAAUCUGAACUGUUGAAUGUCUUUUAUUUUUUUACAAUUUUUCUUAACAUUCCUUUGAAAAAUAAAAACAUAUUUCUAUGUAAUAUAGAA